ACAUGAGAUUUCCAAUUUCAUAUAUGUUUUAUUUCUCCUUCCUCCUCUAAAAAACCACCUGCUCUUGCUUUCUUUGAAUAUACUUUAUUCUUACUGGCAACAAAACAAAUCUUACGAUCAGUGUGUGCUGUUUGGUCUUGAACUAAGAUUAUCAAGAUUGCCCCCAAGAACCUGAAGUUUGGAUCUUUGAUCAGUUGUAAUUGUUAAAUUUUGUCUUUGAACAAGUUCAAAUUGCAUGUAGGAGGAUAGGAUGAAAGCAGGGUUUUCAAUAUUCAAGAGUACAGCAUUCUCUCUUCUACUCAUUGUUCUUGUGUGUGCAACUGUUCUUGUAUGGGCAUGGCAGAGAACUCCGCUUCUAAGCGCCUUCCUCCCGCCUGAUAGUCUUCUACAACUUUCGCCAGAAGAUAAAGACAAUCAGCCAGUCCUGACAGUAGGAAGAAAUGGCACUGCAGAAACUUCUACAGGUUUGGUAGAAGCAGAAGUGAAGCAUGACCAGAAAAUGGAAACAAAUCUGAAAACAGAUGUGCAAAUUAUGGAGUUUGCACCACCAGAGCGUUCUGAAAAUACAAGCUCUACCACAGGGAAGGAACAAUAUAAUGAGAAUGUUAAUGAUCAAGGUAGCUGUAACUAUGCAAAAGGAAAAUGGGUUUUAGAUGAUAGCUGGCCUUUAUAUUCUGGAUUUCAUUGUAAUAAAUGGCUGUCACGUAUGUGGGCCUGCCGCUUGAUGCAGCGCAAGGAUUUUACCUAUGAAAAGCUACGGUGGCAACCAAAAAAUUGUCAAAUGGAAGAAUUUGAAGUGUCCAAGUUCUUAGAAAGGAUGCGAGACAAAACUCUAGCUUUUGUUGGAGACUCUUUGGGCCGACAGCAGUUCCAGUCGUUAAUGUGCAUGAUCACUGGUGGUAAGGAGAGCCAUGGUGUAAUAGAUGUAGGAAAGGAGUAUGGACUUGUCAUGCCUCAUGGAGGUUCUCGCCCUAAUGGGUGGGCUUAUUGGUUUUCAAGCACCAAUACAACUGUCCUUUAUUACUGGUCAACUUGCCUCUGUGACCUGGAACCUAUUAAUACCACAAACCCAGAAACUGACUACGCCAUGCAUCUUGAUCGGCCUCCAGGAUUUUUGCGUCAAUUUCUUCAUAAAUUAGACGUCCUAGUUCUGAACACAGGGCAUCACUGGAAUCGAGGAAAGCUUAAAGCUAACCGCUGGGUUAUGUAUGUAGGGGGUAUGCCCAAUACCAACAGGAGACUAGCAAUGAUUGGGGAUGCCAAAAACUUCACUAUCCAUAGCAUUGUCAAUUGGGUGAAUUCUCAGCUUCCAAAACAUCCACACUUGAAAGCUUUCUAUCGAAGCAUCUCACCUAGGCAUUUUGUCAAUGGUGAUUGGAACACAGGGGGGAGCUGUGACAACACAACCCCAAUGUCUAUAGGAAAGGAAGUACUGCAAGAUGAGUCUAGUGAUUAUAGUGCUGGAAAUGCAGUGAAGGGGACAGGGGUUAAGCUCUUGGACAUAACAGCUCUAUCCCAACUAAGAGAUGAGGGUCACAUAUCACAUUAUAGCACCACAGCUUCGAAGGGAGUGCAUGAUUGCUUGCAUUGGUGUCUGCCUGGUGUUCCUGACACAUGGAAUGAAAUCCUUUUCGCACAUAUUAGUGCUACAUCAGUGAUUAAUUCUUGAAGGUAAAUGGGUUGAAGAAGGUGAUAUCAUUUUGUGGAAUGGGUCAAGAAUUCCAUCAUCAAGAAAUUUUAUUACGGUGAUUUUUUUAGAUCUGGGAGAAAGAAGGAAUGAUAGAAAGUUUAGGAGAAUUGUUUUAAUUUGGAGAGAGUUACUGGUAGAAUAAGUUGAUGACAUGGUAUAUUAAUUUAUGGGUCCAAAUGCUACUGCAUAAUUUGAGCACC